CCGGCGUGGGUGCGGAUGGGCACACGCGGCCGCCGUCUGGUUGACUUUGCGGAGCCAUGGAGGGUGGCUUCGGCUCGGAUUUCGGGAGCUCCGGUGGCGGGAAGCUGGACCCCGGGCUUAUCAUGGAGCAGGUGAAGGUGCAGAUCGCCGUGGCCAACGCGCAAGAGCUGCUGCAGAGGAUGACGGACAAGUGCUUCCGGAAGUGCAUCGGGAAGCCGGGGGGCUCCCUGGACAAUUCGGAGCAGAAGUGCAUCGCCAUGUGCAUGGACCGCUACAUGGACGCCUGGAACACCGUGUCCCGUGCCUAUAACUCGCGGCUGCAGCGGGAACGAGCCAACAUGUGACCGCGACGCGCCAGCAGGCCACCCCGCAGCCUUGCCCCAGCCCCGGACCCAUUUCCGUAAAUGCUGUUUGUGAGGCGGGGUCAGCCUGUGCGUACUGCCUGCCAGAAGUUUAUGAGAACAAGAUUGGUGCUGGGACAAUUGGGACUCUGCCCGGCCCCUCCGCCUACGUGCACUUAUGUUAGUGGGUGUAGCUUGGGUCUUGGGAGGGCCCUGGCCCCGGUGCCACCUCCCCUUGUGCGCCCGUUACCGCAUUAAGUCCUGUGGACCCUGCUGGGGCCGCAGCAGAGUUGACACAGCACGAGUAUUAUUCAGUGGCCGAAUAAAUGGAACAGCGGGAGCUAA